UUCGUUAUAUAGAUUUGUGCUCCUUGAUUUUACAAAUUUGCAUUCCUCUCUUUCAAUAUCAAUAUCAAUCCCUUUUUCAUAAUUUUCUUUCACUUAUGGCUAAGUUUGAGUCAGUUUCAUUUGCUGUUGCUUCAAAUCUCAUACACAGGUUGGCUUCCGCAGAUUUUCGUGAAUUUGGACAAGAGUAUCGUGUGACGGAAAUUUUAGAAGAGCUUAAGAACUCUGUUGAAUCCAUCAAUGAUAAGCUCCUUGAUGCCGAUGUUAAACAAGAUCAAGAUGGUGGUGUGCGAGUUUGGAUCAGAAAGUUCAAAAAAGUACUUCAUGCUGCAGAUGACUUCUUAGAUGGCCUUGCUCUCGAAUUUAUGCGACACAAAUUGGAUACAGGAUAUGGAACAGAAGUAAACAAGGCACCUUAUUCCUAUUCAUUCUCAAAUCGAACUGAUUCUCCCAUUCAAAUGAGAAUAGAAAUUGAAGAAAUACUAGCAAGUUUUAAUGAUGUAGUACAAGAAAUGCAUAAAUUGAAUUUAAGCUCAGGGGUGGUUAGGCAGACUAAUAGUGAAUGGAGGGAAACAUGUUCCACGUUAGAACAAUAUAUCAUUGGAAGAGAUGAGAGUAAGAAGGAGAUUAUUAGUCUGUUGGAACAACCGAAGCAAACGGUUUCUGUGAUUGCUAUUGUUGGCAUUGGUGGUUUAGGGAAGACAGCGCUGGCUCAGUUGGUGUAUAAGGACUUGGAGGGUUCUUUUGACAAGCAAAUAUGGGUGUGUGUCUCUGAUAACUUUGAUGUGAAAACUAUUCUGAUGAAAAUAUUAGAUUCAAUAAAUACUGAUAGCCAAACACAAGACCAAUCAUCAGAGAAGUUGCAAAAACAGCUUCAUAAGAAUUUAAGCGGUAAGAAAUAUUUGUUGGUCCUGGAUGACAUUUGGAAUGAGAGUUAUAACAAAUGGGCUGGAUUGAGAAAGUAUUUGCUGUGUGGCGCUCAAGAUAGCAAGAUUUUAGUGACAACUCGAAGUGAAAAUGUAGCAAAGGUAAUGGCUGCUAGCACUUCCUAUCCUUUGAAAGGUUUGACUGAUGAAGAAUCUUGGACGUUGUUGAAGAACAUUGCAUUUGAGGAUGAGUCCCAAGGAGUGAAUCAAAAUCUAGAAUCAAUGGGGAAAGAAAUAGCAAAAAAAUGUAAAGGGGUUCCACUAGCAGUUAAAACGAUGGGAGGCCUGUUACGAAGACAAAAUGAAGAGAGUGAAUGGGAAGAAGUUUUACACGGUGACUUCUGGGAAUUAUGUGAACAAGAAGAUAUCAUGCCAAUUCUAAAACUCAGCUACAGAAAAUUGUUGCCAGAAAUGAAACAAUGUUUUGCUUAUUGCUCUUUAUAUCCCAAAGAUUCAGAGAUUUUAAAGGAUGAGUUGAUUCAGUUAUGGAUGGCCCAAGGUUACCUUGAAUGUUCAACUAAAAAGCAGCAGAUGGAAGUUGUCGGCAACCAAUUUAUAAAGAUUUUUUUGGCGAACUCAUUUUUUCAAGAUGCAAAAAGUAAUGAAUAUGGUGAGAUCAUUAGUUUCAAAAUGCACGAUUUAAUGCAUGAUCUUGCAAUGCUAGUAGCUGGCAAUGAAUGUUGUUACUUGGGUAAUGAGGCAGAAGAAGUUAAGGGUAGUCCCAUGCACGUGAUACUGGAAUCCGGUGCCAUUCGUUUAUUGAGAAAAUUAGAUCCGAGCAGGCUGCGAACUUUGAUGUUGUGGGGUUACAAUGAGCAAGAAUUUUCUCUGUUAUUGCAGACUUCAAAUGCCUACGUGUCUUGAAGAUGUCGCAUUUCUACUUUUGCAAGUUGUCCGAUCGUAUCGAAGAGUUGAAGCAUUUAAGGUAUCUUGAUUUGAUUUUUAGUUUAUACACCGACAGUAGAAGACCAAUAAGUUUCCCCAAAUCUCUCAGCAAUCUUAUUCUCUUACAAACAUUAAUAGUGGGGGAGUACGACGAAGAAUCGUUCUUGGAAGUAGUCAUAAAAUUGGUCAAUUUGAGAUGCCUUGAUAAGGGUGAUGUUUUUAAAGGGACGGCUGUUGGAUUGGGAACAUUGUCCUCGUUGCAAUUCUUACCCACCUUUGUCGUGGGAGAUAGCCAAAAAAGAAGAUAUGGCACACUAAAUGAAUUGAAGGACUUGAACCUACAAGGAAAAUUAGAAAUUCUUCAACUCAAUCGUGUCACAGACGUGGCUUUAGAAUCACAGGAUGUAAAUUUAAAAGAAAAAAGGUUCCUUCAAUCCUUGACUCUGGAUUGGUACUUCGACUAUACGGACAUCCGUAACAGUGACAGCUUACAAUUAUUAGAAAACCUUCAGCCCCACCAUAAUCUUAAGCAAUUGGAGGUGCGCUAUUAUCCAGGCAAGCGUUUCCCAGAUUGGCUUUCUCUCCUCACAAAUGUUGUUCACAUCACUCUCUUUGAGCUUCGUAAUUGCAGCUGUCUACCACCGUUGGAACGUCUCCGGUCCCUGAAGUCACUUGUUAUAAACUGUCUUCGUAAAUUGGAAUACAUAUAUCUUGAAGAUGGUUUUGCAGUAACCUUCUUUCCCUCUUUGGAGGAACUCAUCCUCCUAGCUUGUCCUGUGCUUAGGGGAUGGCGGAGGCGGGGAGAUGAUAUCAAUGAUUCUAAGAAUUCCCAUAAUCACUCCUUGUCUCUUUCCUUUCCUCCUCUUUCUAAGCUAAGAAUCCUUCUCUGUCCAAAGUUGAUUUGCAUGCCUACUUUUCCAAACGUUAAGGAUCUGGAUUUGGCCGGGUCCAGUGUGAAGCCAUUAAUAGCAACCCUGAACACAGCGGCGUCAACAUGCUCAGUUGACUCAUCUUCCUUUGUUGCUCCUCUUUGCAUGCUCAAGCAAUUUCACAUUUCCGAUUCUCUGAAUUUACAAAAGGGUUGGAUGCAAAAUCUGACUUCUCUCGAGUCUCUUAGAAUUGUAUGGUGUCAAAGUGAAACACUAGAGGGAUUUGAAACUGGGUUACCGGACGACAUCAACUGCCUUCCUUCUCUGCGGCAAAUCACAAUAGAAUCGUCUACAAAUCUAAAGGCUCUGCCAGAUUGGAUUUUCAACCUCUCAUCGCUUCAGCAUCUCAUAAUCCAUCAUUACCUAAAUCUAGCUUCUCUACCUGAAGGAAUGACUCGUCUUACCAACUUAAAGAUCUUACAGGUGAGCCAUUGUCCCCUCUUAAUUGAAGAAUGCAGAUCAGAGACAAGUGCUGUUAGUCGCCGAAUCGCACACAUCCCAGAAAUUAUUCUUCGGAAUUUCUGAUCAUAAAGAGGUUCGGGUUCUAGCCUGCCAAAUAGGCUGCUGGAGUUUGUGUCUAUUAAAUGGAUUUCUCCUGCUUUGGACAAGUCGAAGUUAAAAAUGGAUGGCUCUGUGUUCGCUGGGACGGGUACAACAGGCGAUGAGUGAAUGGUUAUUUUGUAGCUGGCUUUAUGUGUAAAGGGGGACAUUGCUCUCCCUUGGAUGUGGAAUUGUGGGCCAUCCUUUUUGGUUUACAAGUAAUUACGGCUAGGGCCUUUCGAAAUGUUAGUUUAGAAAUUGAUGCUAGGGAUGCUAUCCACAUAAUUUUAGAUGCCCAGGAUUAUAAUGGUUGUUUUCCUUAUCUGGUUGUUAUUAUUAGAUUGUUAUUACCGGAAAUGGGUUUUUGUCCAUUGUAAUAAUGUAUUUCAUGAAGAUAACCCUUGUGCUGACAUGUUAGCUCACAAGGAGUCUCUUAAUUGUAAUAUUCUGGAUAAUGACCCUCCUUCCUUAGUUUCUUAUCUUAGGCAGGAUGUUUUGGGAGUUGUCUUUCCUAGGCUUUUUAAUAAGUUUUGUUGUUCUUGGGCAGUGUGAUUGACAAACUUUGUUAUGCUUGACAUAUUGCUAAUUUAAUAAGUAGUAUAAUCAUCAUCUAUAUC